GACGGCAACGGUUUGACACAGGAGGAGAUCGAAGCCGGCUUGCAGGUGGAGGACGUGAUGGACGCAGAGGCUGAGAAGAUGUUUGCCUAUGCUGAUCUUGAUUGCGAUGGCGCGCUGAGUCUCUCCGAAUUGGACCAUUUGCGCUCGGAAGCACAAUUGCCGAAGUACACGCGCGGAUGUGGAUGCUGA